AUUAUAAAAAAGGAUAGGAUUGUAUCAUUAUUUAAUUGUUAUCGUUGAUUUUUUCUAGUCUCUGUAGUACUAUAUAAACACACUCAUAAUCAAGAGAAGUACAUAUAUAAUAUACAAAAUGGAAGAAGUACGAAAAAUAGCCUUAGCUUAUUAUGCCAAUCUUUCAGAUGGGCAAAAAGAGAAGGUUAAGUCUUUGUUCAAGGAAAUGGCAGCGGAUGGAGAUGAGAAAGUAACCCUAAGUGAGUAUGAGAACAACUUCAAGAAAUUAGGGUUGUCCUGUAACAUUCCAAAAAACUCAAGUCUGUUCAAGGAGAUAUUUCAAGAAAGAAAGACUAGUUUUUUUAUGGAACUUGACAAAAAUGGAGAUGGGAGUCUGGAUUUUGAGGAGUUCAUUACUUUAUUCUACCUCUUAAAGACUGGGAGGCUGCUCUUUUGUACAGGCAAUGGAUGCCAAGUUUUUCUUGGAGGAAUUUUCUUCACUUGUCCUCAAUGCUUCGACAACCCUAGAAAGACCAAUUUCACUCUUUGCUUAGAUUGCUUCAGCAGCAAAAACUAUAGCCAUAAACAUCCACUCCUUGUGGAUAAUUAUGCCUUUCUAUUGUCCAAAGUACAACCAAAGAGUGCAAUCGCGACAACUUUCGAAGUAUUGACUUUUGGAGCUGACGUAAUUAGUGUUGCUUCUUUAUGUGCCAUUAUGUAAGAUUGCUGAUCUUAUAAUAUAAGCAAUUCAGCUUAUAUAUUAUAAAUUUUCUGAACCAUGUAAAAAUAUCUCUGGUCUUCAUUUAUCUGUUAUAUUAUAAUUAAUCAAUUUGUGAAGGUGUCAUUGAAAUUCAUAUA